UCGCAGCCUCGCUUGUGUGUGUGUGUGUGUGUGUGAGAGGAGAGAGAGAGAGAAAAGGAGAAACAAGAAGGAGGGAGUUUGCUGUUUUUUUUUCCUCCUCCGGAUUGAUUUCUGAUUUCUUGAUUUCUUGAUUUCUUGAUUUCUGACUGCACCGGGAUCUGGUGAGUUUCUCUGCGGGAGGAAGAAGCUGCUGCUGCCGCUUCAGGAACCACAGCCACCGCGGCUUCCUCUCUCCACACAAACUGCCCGGAACCAGGGCGACCAUAGCGGGUUCUUCCUCGUCCUCCCCUCGGUCCUCCCCUCGGUCCUCCUGGAUGUCCUCCUGUCGGUCCGCGUCCCUCCAGAUGGACAAACCCCUCUGAAGUGGAGCCGCUGCCCGCCUCAGCAACACAGCCGUGAUUCGGACCCGGAUUCCCGCAGUGGAGAGGAAGAUGUUUACCACCCUGUUCCCAUGGUAACCCAGAGGAGCAUACUACACUACCCACAACGCUUGGGAACUGACGGCCCAAACUGACGUUGAGAUCGGUUUGACAAAAGACACUCAGAGGAACAACAACUACAACAACACAACUACACUUCUGUGAAGAGGACCAAUAUGGCCAACAACACGGCGGAUCACCCUCCGGGGAAUUCGGUUGCCGAGGGCAACCAUGACGGGGACUUUGGGAUGGCGGUGACGGAUCUGAGGGACCUGAUGGAGCUGCGGAGCGCCGAGGCCGUCACCUUGAUCCAGGACACGUACGGGGACGUGCAGGGAAUCUGCCGGCGCCUGAAAACAUCUCCGAUAGAAGGUCUGUCUGGUAACCCCGUGGAUCUGGAGAAACGUCACACGUCGUUUGGCAAAAAUUUCAUCCCCCCCAAGAAGGCCAAGUCGUUCCUGGCGCUGGUGUGGGAGGCUCUGCAAGACGUCACGCUCAUCAUCCUGGAAAUCGCUGCCAUCAUCUCACUUGUCCUGUCCCUCUACCAUCCACCAGGGGGCGACAGUGAAGCAUGCGGCAAGGUAGCAGGAGGCGUGGAGGACGAGGGCGAGUCCCAGGCCGGCUGGAUCGAAGGUGUUGCCAUCCUGUUCUCCGUCGCCAUCGUGGUGCUGGUGACGGCCUUCAACGACUGGUCCAAGGAGAAGCAGUUCCGUGGGCUGCAGAGUCGCAUCGAGCAGGAACAAAAGUUCACUGUCAUCCGCAAAGGCCAGGUCAUCCAGAUCCCCGUGGCUGAACUGGUGGUGGGAGACAUCGCUCAGAUCAAAUACGGUGACCUUCUGCCUGCUGAUGGGAUCCUGAUCCAAGGAAAUGACCUGAAGAUUGACGAAAGCUCUCUGACCGGAGAAUCCGACCAGGUCCGCAAAUCUCUGGAGAAAGACCCCAUGCUGCUGUCCGGAACCCACGUGAUGGAAGGAUCCGGCCGGAUGGUGGUGUCAGCCGUCGGCCUCAACUCUCAAACCGGCAUCAUCUUCACUCUCCUGGGAGCGAGUGAGCACGACGAAGAGAAGAAGGUCAAGAAAAGUAAAAAACAAGGACCCCCCGAAAAUCGCAACAAAGCCAAGACGCAGGAUGGCAUCGCCCUGGAGAUCCAGCCCCUGAAGAGCGAGGAGGCCGCCGAGUCGGAGGAGAAGGAGGAGGUCAAACCUGUGAAGAAGGUCAACGUGACCAAGAAGGAGAAGUCGGUGCUGCAGGGAAAACUGACCAAACUGGCUGUGCAGAUCGGGAAGGCUGGUCUGAUCAUGUCGGCUCUGACCGUCAUCAUCCUCAUCCUCUUCUUCGUGAUCGACACCUUUGCGAUCCAGGGUCGCACCUGGUUGUCCGAGUGCAUCCCCAUCUACAUCCAGUACUUUGUCAAGUUCUUCAUUAUUGGUGUGACAGUGCUGGUGGUGGCCGUCCCCGAGGGGCUGCCGCUUGCUGUCACCAUCUCUCUGGCCUACUCUGUCAAGAAAAUGAUGAAGGACAACAACCUGGUGCGUCACUUGGAUGCCUGCGAAACCAUGGGCAACGCCACGGCCAUCUGCUCAGACAAGACGGGCACGCUGACCAUGAACCGGAUGACCGUGGUGCAGGCGUACAUCGGGGACACGCACUACAGAACCGUCCCCGAACCGGACGCCAUCAAACCAGAGACUCUGGAAACGUUGGUCAACAGCAUCUCCAUCAACUCAGCGUACACAACCAAGAUCCUGCCUCCAGAGAAAGAGGGCGGGCUUCCGCGCCACGUGGGCAACAAGACCGAGUGCGCUCUGCUGGGCCUGGUGCUGGAACUGAAGAGGGACUAUCAGCCAAUCAGAGAGGAGAUCCCCGAAGAGAAGCUCUACAAGGUCUACACCUUCAACUCCUCCCGCAAGUCCAUGAGCACGGUGCUGAAGAACGCCGACGGAGGCUACCGCAUGUACAGCAAAGGAGCGUCCGAGAUCGUCCUGAGGAAAUGCUCUCGUAUCCUGGACACCCAGGGACAACCUCGCAACUUCAAGCCCAAGGACCGCGACGAGAUGGUGCGCAAGGUGAUCGAGCCGAUGGCGUGCGAAGGGCUGAGGACCAUCUGCGUGGCCUUCAGAGACUUCCCAGCCGAGGGUGGAGAGCCCAACUGGGAGGUGGAGAACGACAUCCUGAACGAGCUCACCUGCAUCGCGGUGGUCGGCAUCGAGGAUCCCGUCCGACACGAGGUUCCUGAGGCUAUUGCGAAGUGUCAGCGCGCAGGCAUCACUGUACGCAUGGUUACCGGAGAUAACAUCAACACCGCACGUGCUAUUGCUACCAAGUGUGGCAUCCUGCUGCCUGGGGAGGACUUCCUGUGUAUGGAGGGGAAGGAGUUCAACCAGCAGAUCAGAAAUGACCAAGGAGAGGUGGAACAAGAGCGUCUGGACAAAGUUUGGCCCAAACUCCGUGUCUUGGCUCGUUCUUCACCCACAGACAAACACACUCUGGUUAAAGGAAUCAUCGACAGCACGGUGCUGGAGACCCGGCAGGUCGUGGCCGUGACGGGAGACGGCACCAACGACGGCCCCGCCCUCAAGAAGGCUGAUGUUGGCUUUGCCAUGGGAAUCGCUGGCACAGACGUGGCGAAGGAGGCGUCCGACAUCAUCCUGACCGACGACAACUUCACCAGCAUCGUGAAGGCCGUGAUGUGGGGGAGGAACGUCUACGACAGCAUCUCCAAGUUCCUGCAGUUCCAGCUGACCGUCAACGUGGUGGCUGUGAUCGUGGCGUUCACCGGUGCCUGCAUCACACAGGAUUCUCCUCUGAAGGCCGUGCAGAUGCUGUGGGUGAACCUCAUCAUGGACACUCUGGCGUCUCUGGCUCUAGCCACCGAACCCCCCACCGAGUCUCUGCUGCUGCGCAAACCUUACGGCCGCAACAAGCCUCUCAUCUCCCGGACCAUGAUGAAGAACAUUCUGGGCCACGCCGUGUACCAGCUCGUCAUCAUCUUCACUCUGCUCUUCGCUGGUGAGAAGAUUUUCGACAUCGACAGCGGCCGCAACACUCCCCUGCACUCACCGCCGUCCGAGCACUACACCAUCGUGUUCAACGUGUUCGUCAUGAUGCAGCUGUUCAAUGAAAUCAACGCCAGGAAGAUCCACGGAGAGAGGAACGUGUUCGAAGGCAUCUACAAGAAUCCCAUCUUCUGCAGCGUGGUCCUGGGGACCUUCGUCCUGCAGAUCGUCAUCGUCCAGUUCGGGGGGAAGCCGUUCUCCUGCACAGCUCUGACCAUCGACCUGUGGCUGUGGUGCGUCUUCAUCGGAGUGGGAGAGCUGCUGUGGGGUCAGCUGAUCUCGGCGAUCCCCACCCACCACCUGAAGUUCCUGAUGGAGGCCGGUCACGGCACCACGAAGGAGGAGAUGCACCCGGAGGAGCUGCAGGAGAACGACGACGAGAUCGACCACGCCGAGAUGGAGCUGAGGAGAGGCCAGAUCCUCUGGUUCAGAGGUCUGAACCGCAUCCAGACCCAGAUUAAGGUGGUGAACGCGUUCCGCAGCUCCCUGCGGCUGGAGAGCCCAGAGUCCCGUAGCUCCAUCCACAGCUUCAUGGCCCACCCCGAGUUCGUGCCCCUGUCCGAGGAGGAGGCGCGCUGCCCCCCCAUCGAGGAGAGCGGCGACGAGAUCGAGUCCCUUCCCAGCGCCUCCUCUGGGGCGACGGGAGGAGGAGGAGAGCCGCCCAGCGCCCUCCCCCCCCGCAGCCACGAGCCAUCCAUCUGAGCUCCUCCUCCUCCUCCUCCCACCUCCUCCCUCCUCUUCAUCAGCAUCACGUGUCAUCCCACCAACUGAACUGUCGCUCUGAGGAGGGAAGUCAUCGCUCCGCUCAUUCCGUCAUUCUGCACGCGCACACGCUUC